AUGUAUUAUACGAUGAUGGUUAUGCCACUGGAAAGGAACAAUCAAGGGUUGAAACGACUUCGACACGCAGCCGAAGCGGCAACGAUGUUCAAUGUUCUCUGCACCCUUCUUAUGGCUGGCAGUGGAAAUUUACAAGUCCUUCGUAUCUGUCGCCUUCUUCGCACUCGUGUAACGAUUCCGGAUUCACAUCGGGACAACGUCAACUAUAGUAUUUAUGCAGCAGCACAUGCAACAGUUGGUAUGCUAAUGAUGGGAUACGGCAGGUAUGCGUUCAAGACUGAUGAUUUAUCAAUCGCCGCCUUGGUUAUUGCCUUCUUUCCCAUUAGCCCUCAUCGAAUCAGCGACAACAGGCAAGUUAUUUUCGAGGUAAUUUUGUUUUAUGAGCGAUUUUAUAUUCAGGUUAUUGUUAGUGUGCGAAAUUGGCCCAGCUCAUAA